AUGUCGAAGUACAGUGAAGCGCACCUGCUAAGUUUGGUCUCAACGAUCGGUGUUCGCACCACGCGGGGAGGAUACCGAAAAGAUCCAGAAUGUGAUGCAUCGCUCCAGGACAUUACACGCUUCCUACAAAAAGAUUCUAGCGAAAGGGGUGUCUUCCUUCAGCUAAUUGCGUGGAACGUGCUGGGGAAAGACUUAUUGCCGCUUCUUGGAACACACUGUGGCGAGCUGUCGACGUCCUUUCUUGUGGUGAAACUUCUUGUCUUCUUAACACUUCCACCUGAAAAAGAAAGUACGAAUUUUAUAGCACAAAAUCAAGCUCUGAAUUCCACGCUCCGUGUCCUAUUGGAUCACGCCUGUAUAUUCCCCAAGUUGAUGUUAUUGGUCUCUGAAGCACUUGGGAAGUUGGAAACUGGCAACCUGGAAAAUGGCGAAACAUUGACUAAAAUUCUACAGUUAACAUUCACGCUCGUACGGAACUUACUACUCAUAGCGCGUUCGCACAGUCUCGUUGGUUCUAAGAGCAGUAACGUGCGCCAUGAACUUUUUCGACUGCUACUCAAGUGUCAGUUUAUGGAGGUUCUUUCCGCAGUAAUUCAGGAUGCAUGUGUUUCUCCAAUAAACAAUGACCUUCCUCUUCUUGUUGAAAUCUUCGCUUUGAUCCUCUGCUUUCAUGAAAAUGAUUCCAAUACCAGUACACACCUGAAUAUGGGAACUCAUAGCGCCAAAUCUGCACAAUGGUCGCGAAAGUUGAGUAAAUUCGGCAUUUCAAAGGCUGUGAAGGGCGCUGUGCGGGGGGGGUUCAGUGGUGUUUACGUUAAGCAUAGCGAAUACGCAGAGUCUGAAAGGCUUCUUAGAGGAAAUCCAAUCGAAACACACUAUAUGUCGCGCGCCUGCGGUAUUUUGAUCCCUUCUACAUCUUCUACAUCAGAACUCCAACCUUGGCAGGUCGGCUUAUUGACGAACCUGUCGGCUCCUGUUGUCAACCAAUUUUUAUUCUCAGCUUGGGACGAUCUGAAACGAAGUAAACAGAUGAUGAUAUCAAGUGUAGAGCAUACCAUACGAUGUACAAAUUAUGUCCAGCUUUGUUUGUUUUUCGUAGAUAUAUUCCAUUCUAAAUUGGCUUCUGGUACUGCCGAAGAAGUAGUGCUCAAGAAUCCAGUAGCGAGUAUCUUGUGCGCUGACUUCCUCAUAUGGAUACAAAAGGAGUGGUUCGAGUUCGAGCAAAAUAAAUCGUUACAAGAGUGCAUUCCGUUGAUUGAACUACUCGCUUCCAUAGCGACAACGUUGAAAUCUUUGCAAGUUAAAAGUGCAGAUUCUACAGUGCAACUCGCCUGCAAAGCGAUGCGCAGUGCAUAUGUACACGGAGAGUCAAAGCACGAAUUUGUUCGUUUGCUACGCACUCGCAUCAAGCAAUUCAAGUGGCUGAGUAUGCCGGCACCCUAUCUGCGUGCACUUUUUCUGCUUCACGGUGCCAUUUACGAACUGCUCGCAGACGACAACCCGAACUCAGUCAGUCAUGACGUACGAGAGCAGUUGCGAGAGUUCCUCGUAGACCGUAUUAUCGUCGAAAAUCACGUUGGGUUAAUGUACAGAUGCGAGUCUAGGAACGAGCGUGAGACGAAGUAUCGGGUUGAGUUCCUGAAGCAACUGGCUAGUUCAACCGUUUUUCGUCUGAGCACCCUCUUGAGUCUUCGACGGCUUGAGAAAGGACAUCGAGACAUCUCAACUGCGAGCAAAGAACUGUGUUUAAAAGCUGUGAAGCAACUGUGUCGGGACGGUGUACGCAACCCAGAGGGUUGGAAAGGUUCGGUAUUCAUCAAUCUUCUCGCUUGGUGA